AUGCGUCAGCCUUACAGCAGAAAGACAUGGUCCCGAAGCCCCUUGCAACGGCCCGCCCGCUGUGCCGGUCAGAGAAGCAAGUCCGCCGCUGCGCAUGGCGCCCAAACGCCACACACAAGCGAUCUUACAGUCAAUGGAGGCGUGGGGGAAAAUGUGUCGAUCCGCGCUGACCUGAGCCCCUUGGCCUUGUACGUCGAAAAGUUACGAGCAAGAUUGCACAAUCCUUCGCCAAGCGAAUCAACUCAACCAUCUGCCGUGAGCACAUUUCAACGUGAGCAAGUUUUGCCUGCUGGAUUCUACUGGCGCACUUCCCGUUCGAUAUGGGCCCGUGCGAGAGCCGAGUGGAGUUUUGCGGCUGCGGCUGAGUUGGACCAAGAUGUAGGCCAAUGCGAACCGGUUCCAGUACUGAAUGCUUACAUACGCCUUGGAAAACAAGGUGUUGGCUUUGUGGCGUGUUCUGUACAACGUAAAGUUCUGGCUGCCUUAUUAGUCGUCAUUGUACUACUAAGUAUCAGGCCGGAGACUGAAUGA